GUAAAGGGAGGGGCGGAAGAUCUAUUCAAAGGCCAGCCAUUGAAAGAUAGCAGACUGGACCCCCCACAGCUGCCGGAGAACAUAGCAGACAUCGCUUGUUAGCUUGAUCAGCCGCAUUAGACAUGACACAAGAUUCAGCCCUAGACAUGAAGGACGUGGAACUGAAUGAGAUUGACCCAGAGAAGCAACCUAUGGCCGCAGAGGACGAUGACCCUCCAGUUGAAGAAAGCAAUGAAAAAAAUGGCGUUGUUAAAAUUAAACUGUCGGAUGAAGAUGAUUACAACAACAAGGCUCGUAAAUUUACUGGCUUGUCCAAAGAAGAGCUUCUGAAAGUGACCGACACCCCAGGGUGGGUGACAGUCCGUUGGGCUUUUCUGAUCCUGUUCUGGCUAGGCUGGUUUGGAAUGCUGGCCGGGGCCGUGGUUAUCAUCGUCCAGGCUCCUCGCUGUCGUCCUCUACCUGUGAUGGAGUGGUGGAACAAGGGACCUCUUUAUCAGCUAGGAGACCCUGACACCUUCCAAGAUUCAAAUGCCGAUGGAGUUGGUGAUAUUGCUGGUAUACAAGAGCGCCUGGAUUCCCUCGGCAACCUUAAGGUGAAAGGACUGGUGAUUGGACCAAUGCAUACUACUUCUGCAGACAAACUUUCAGAUACUAAACUUAAAGAAAUUGAUCAGAAAUAUGGCACAAUGGAAGACUUUACAAAGUUGUUAGAGGCAGCUCGUAAGAAGAGUAUUCAGAUUGUUUUGGAUCUCACUCCAAACUACCGUGGCAGCAAUGUUUGGUUUAAUUACAGUGUGACGGCACCGGAUAGCGAAUUGCUGAGCCAAAUUAAGGAAGCCAUGAACUUCUGGCUUGAUUUUGGCGUUGGAGGAAUUCAUUUCAAUGGGAUCGAGAACAUAGAUAACCCAGGUGACGUUCUUGAAGAACUGAGGAACAUUACUACCAACCAUAGCUCAGAUGGGAAAGCAAGGGUGCUGCUUGCCUCAGCUAAUGACCCUCACAGUGACAAUGUUCUAACAAUUCUGAAUGACACUGCUAAUGGCAUGUUAACUGCACGCUACCUGAUCCACAAGGACAACUCAAGUGAAAGCUCUUUAGGAGAGCGUAUCAAGCAGUACCAACAGGUUGCCAGUGAACAGGACCGGAUUCUCUGGGCGGUCAGACCACGGUUGGGACACAUGGCCUCUGCGGUGCACGAGAAUCUGCUGCGUGUUUACCAGCUGCUGCUUUUCACUCUUCAGGGCACACCUCUUACUUUGUAUGGGGAUGAAAUUGGACUCAAGGACUUGCCUGGACAACCUGCAGACAGUUCUCCAUACAUGCAGUGGGAUGAUAGCAUAAACUAUGGAUUUUCUAAAGGAUCACCGGAAAGGAACUCAAAUGUCAAUGAGAACAUCACAUUUAAGGCACAAGAAGACAACAAGCAUUCAAUCCUCAGUGCGUACAAACAUUUGAGUGAGCUGCGUGGAAAAGAGCGAUCGCUUUUGCAUGGAGAUUUCACACUACUUCAUCAAUGUGACAAAUCUAUAGCAUACGGGCGAAGUUGGGACCAAAAUGAAAGAUUUGUGUCGAUAGUAAACUUUGACCCAGAUGAGGAGAUAAGCGUGACAAUAAAGCACAAAAGCCUGCCAGAGCAAUGUACGGUGGUGCUGAGCUCAAACUCACAGAGGAAGGAGGGUAGCAGUAUCCCACUAAAGAAUCUGAAGCUAGUGCCAGGAGAGGCUCUACUGCUCAAAUACCCCUACAGCGGGUAAAUAAUCCUCCUGUAAAAAGAGGAACUUUCACAUUCCAUAUUCUGACCCUUUUUUUCCCCACAUUAAGAGGCUCUUUGUAUAAGGAUAUGGCUACAUAUGCGAUCAAUAUACCGUAUAUAACCUGGAGUGGCAGACCUUCUCCAUGGUAGCAGAUACAAGUCACUUUAUGAUCAUUUAUGAUUAAUAGCAUAUAUCUGCUAAUGGAUAGGUGGUCUUAUAGAGUUUUAUAGACAUAAAUAUCAUGUGUAGCCAUGUCCUUAGCCGUUGCCACAUCCCUUUCACUUCUCCCUCCCUUUAAUUCGCCAAAAGGGUAACAUUUGCUACAGCAGUAUAGGUUUUCAGGUAGGUCUUUAUACAGCAAGAGGUUCUUUAAACGCGUUAAUAGCAAUAAAUGGAGUGUGUUUUCAUAAUUUUUUUCUAACAUUAUGAAUAGUUAGUGUGCACAUUGCUGUGCUUGUGUGAUUUUAUUUUCAUACAAAUAUAAAUGUUUGCUGCACAGUGUUUGAUAAAGAUGUUCCUCUGCUGAUUUCUGUGUGUUAGGAGAGGGACUAGGUAAAAGGGAGAAAAGUAUUAAAAGGUCAGAAUAAUAUUCCAUGAAUAAAAAUAGCAUUUCUGUGA